AUGUUUAUAUUUAUUGUAUAUCAGGAUAAAUCGAGACAUUUAAUUCUCUCUUGGAGUAUAUUUUCACCAUUACUGUAUGUGGUAUAUAUGCGUAAUAUGCAAUUUAUAUUCCAUAUAGAAUUAAUACGCUUGGAAUUAGUGAAACUUCAACAGGAUUUAAAUUUAAUGGUUGACUAUUCAAGAUUUGUGGCUUACGGUUGUGGUUUUAAAGGAUUUGAAGAGUUUUUACGUAAAAAAUUGGUCGACAAGCAAAAAACCUAUCAAAUGAUUUAUGAAAUGUUUGAGCAGUUUCAAAAUAGUUUUGGAUUAUCGAUAAUUGCAGUGCUAUCGAUGAUUUUUGUACGCAUAUUGGUGGAUUCGUAUUUUGCCUAUUAUUCAUAUUACAGUAAUUGGUAUAAGUAUGAAUCUUUUUUGUUAUUACCCACGUUUUUGGAAAUACCCGCAUUUUUAAUAACCUCCAAAAAUUGCAUGGACGUGGUCAAACUUAUCACAUUCAACUUACACAGUAUUAUAAGCCAAUUUAAUAAUACAAAUUCAAUAAUAAGCACACAGUUACAGAAUUUCUCUUUGCAAAUUCUACAUCAACGCAUCUGUAUCAAUGGUAUUGGCAUUACACGCAUGGAUGGCUAUAUGUUGACCAGGGUCAUUGGCUCCAUAACAACUUAUAUGAUAUUCUUCAUACAAUUUAUGCCUAAAUUUAAAAAUUUCCAAGACGAAAAGAAAAAUUAAUAAAAC